UGCUUCACUGCCUUGGAAGCGGCGCUCACGAGAGCGAGAGCAAGAGAGAGAGAGAGAGAGAGAGAGAGAGAGAGAGGAGAGAGAGAGAGAGAGAGAGAGAGAGAGAGAGAGAGAGAGAGAGAGAGGGAAGAGAGAGAGAGAGAGAGGAGAGAGAGAGAGAGAGAGGAGAGAGAGGAAGGAGAGAGAGAGAGAGAGAGAGAGAGAGAGAGAGAGAGAGAGAGAGCCAUGGUAUAA